AGCCGCUGAUAUCUAAGUGAAGACCCAUACCCAUGUAUCACAAUCAGUACAUUUAUGCGCGUGAGCGUCGUCGCUUUGGACGCCAACCCUUGCUUAGCGAUCGCACACAGCUGAUGCUCAGCAUACAGCCGAGUCAACGCAUGCGCAACUCAUAUAUCUUACGCAAUCCGAUGGAUAGCAGCACACAGUUGAGCGAUCAAAUGGCCUAUAGCUGGGUGGAGACGGAUAAUGUGACCUACGCCGAGCAUGGCAUGUAUCAUUACGAGGGCGGCUGGCCACGCGAAGUGAACAUCAACGACGAAGAGUCGACAAUGCGUUACCGCAAGAAAAUCGAGCGAGAGGACAACUGGGGUGUGCAGGUGAUGCAUCUGAUACACACAUCAAUGGAUGUGACGGCACAAAAUAGCGCAGUAAAUAUUUAUCAAGAAUUUUUCGUCGACUUGCCACCAGAGCUGGGUAAGGACAUACGCAUGCCAUUUGAGGCGCGACAAUGCAAUAUCUUUCAUGAUCCGCUAAAACCCGUGCGACCUAUCACCGUGCUCGAUUGGAUGCCGAGCGAACGGCGCAAAUUUCUAUCGCAGCCGACCAACUUCAACAGGGUGGCACCAUUACAUACACCAGUAAUCACUACAAAGCCGAUAGCAGACACAGAAGACGGAGAUGAAAAUAUUCAAACUAUACAGGAGACAAUGCGUACCGAUGGCAAUCCAAACUCGUUCUAUGUCUGGGACCAAGGCAAUGCUUUGAGUCCAGAGGUGGUGCUCGAAUCGACGGAGCCGGUGCGACGUGCCCAUUUUUGUCCACGUGAUGAUAAUUUUAUAGCCGCAGGACUGCAAUCUGGCAUGGUAGCUCUGUGGGAUGCACGGAAUGGUGGUAAGCCCUUAAAAAUUUCACCGCUCGAGGCUGCACAUCGUGAGGAGGCCGCCGCCUUGUGUUGGGUGCAUUCGAAGUCGAACUCUGAGUUCUACAGCGGUUCCUAUGACGGCUCUGUAAAAUAUUGGGAUGGUCGCGACUUGGAAACCCCCAUACAGGAAAUUUUACUCGAUCCCGAGCCAACCGACGAACAGAAGAGCGAACGCGCACAUGGCGUGACAGUGUUGGAAUUCGAAUACACCAUACCGGUGCGUUAUAUUAUCGCCAGCGAUCAGGGUUACAUAUUUAUCGGCAAUCGGAAGGGUAUGUUGCCGACGGAGGUGUUAAUCUCCAAUUAUCGUCUCUUCUCGGGUCCGAUACGCACGAUUGAACGCAAUCCGUUUUUUGUGAAGAAUUUUCUAAUAGCCGCCGACUGGUGUGUGAAAAUCUGGGCAGAGGAGUGUAAAGGUGCACCCACGACACUACUAAUGAAGAAGAAGAAUGAAAUGUUGUGUGGCACGUGGAGUCCCGCGCGCUGUUCGCUCUUCGUCACUGGUGAUGCGCGCGGCGAAGUCGACUUUUGGGACAUACUAUUGCAUCAGAGAAAACCCAUAUUUACGCUAAAAUUGAAGCAGCCCAUAAAAUAUGUCAAAUUUCGUCCAGAUGGUAAAUACUUGGCAGUGGCGCUGGAAAAUGGUGAUGUACAACUGUUUGAACUAGAUCCGGCUUUGAGACAGAGCGCCGCUAAGGACAAAGCAUUGCUAAUGGCGCUCUUCGAGCGCGAACUUUUCCGCUCCAAAUUGCUGGAAGGGCGUGUCGAGGAAGUAAAACUCAAACGCAAGACAUCGCUCCUCGAAGCUGAAACCAAACAACGCGAGGCCGAAUUGGAUUUGAUCGCCGAACUUGAUCCCGAUGACCCAGACCAAUUCUUGCAGAUUAUCGAAAAUGACACUGAAUUCAAGGAUAUGUUGAAAAUAUUCAAGGACAGCACGUUCAAUAUUGAUAAGAAGCGACAAGAACGACAAUUCGUUAUGGAGCGCACCGAUUUCGAGAAAGUCGAGGGAGAACCGGAUUUAGAGGGACUUACCGCCGAAGAGAUUGCGGCACUACAAGGUACCUCUACCGUCAAUACCGUAGGUGUUUUUGGUGAUGCGGCCAAUGCAACGGGCACGGGAGGGGUAGGCGCUGGCGGUAAGGGCGCCAAUAAUGCGGCCGGUGCUGCGGGUACAGCAGCCGCCGCCGGUGCGGAAGAAAAAGAAGCCACAGUUGGCGAUAAACGCAUAAAAGUGCUGAAGCGUAUGGCGGACAAGGAUAAAUAAUUGACAGAUAAAUAUAUUUUUUAUAAGAAAACUAUAUUAUACA